AUGCCUGGUUCAACUACUGCCCUUCGACAAGAGAGAUUGAAGAAGACAAGUGCCAGGCCAAAUCCUUUAGGUUUAUUCACCAUUAAUGAAGAGGAUGAGCAGCAAAAGAACGGGAAUUCCCAAAGAGUGAAAGUCAACUUUCUUCUGGGUUUUCCUCAAUCUGAAGCAGACGUAGGAACAAAUGUCAUUCUACAAUCUGGCAUGCCAGCAGCUGAAGGUUCUAAAAUACAAGACAAGAAAGUCACUUCAGGACAAAGCAACACCGGAACUAAACCAGAUCAUCCAACAAUACUGAAGGUUGAUGACAGGCAACGGCUUGCUAGAGAACGGAGAGAAGAACGAGAAAAACAGCUAGCUGCAAGAGAAUCCAUUUGGUUAGAAAGAGAAGAAAGAGCCCGACAACAUUAUGAAAAACACCUAGAGGAACGCAGAAGGAAGCUAGAAGAGCAGAGAUUAAAGGAAGAGAGAAGGCGAGCUGCCGUAGAGGAAAAGCGAAGGCAGAGAAUAGAAGAAGAUAAGGAACGACAUGAAGCUGUUGUACGUCGCACAAUUGAAAGAAGCCAGAAGCCAAAACAAAAGCAAAACAGGUGGUCCUGGGGAGGAGCACUACAUAACCGCAUUAAUAACACAGGUUAUUUUUUUGAAUCAUCAUUCACGUUUCUCGAUUUAGCAGGCCUGGAGCACCACUUCAGAUCUCUGGGUGGUGCUAGAAAACCUGAUCCAGACAGGCGGUCUGUUUCAACAAUGAACCUUUCGAAACAUGUUGAUCCAGUCAUUAACAAGCGGCUCUCCUCCUCAUCUGCAACAUUACUAAAUUCUCCAGACAGAGCUCGCCGUCUACAGCUCAGUCCAUGGGAGAGCAGCAUCGUUAGCAGGCUUCUGACGCCCACUCACUCAUUCCUGGCCCGAAGUAAAAGCACAGCUGCAUUGUCUGGAGAUGCAGUUAUCCCCAUUUGUCCCCGUUCAGCAUCUUGCAGCCCCAUCAGUCCUCUGUCCUACAAGACCAUGAACUGUAGGAAUCCAGGAGACCGAGCAAAACUUUAUGCCUCUACUGAUACUGUGGGACGUAGGAGAACGACGCAUCUUGCAGGGACUGACAAAAAAGAAAAGGAGAGAGACCAUUUGUCAUCCAGCUUCUCAGCCAGCUUUAAAGGAGGUCAUUUUUCUUCUAACCCCAAAGCUAGAUCACCAGCUCCCUCUCCAGUUUGGCAUGCGUCAAAGUCUUUGCCUUUUUUGCCUGGCACACCCAAGCAGGUAACUUCCCCACCUGGUUCCUCCAAAAUUUCCUCUGCUCAAGCACGUCCUCCUUCUCCUGGCAACAUCCGGCCAGUCAAAAAAGAGGUCAAACCAGAGAGUGAGAAGAAAAGACAAGAAAAGGAUGCUGAAAAGGCCAAUGAGGAGAGGAUGGAAGAGAGUAAAGGAACUUCAGCAGGUACUGGAGAAUCUGCAAGUCAGGAAGAGCUCACUGUCCGGGCAGAGCUCGCUCAAGCAGCCAGCCCAUCCCUACCUCCUGCUCCGCCACCUCUUUCUCCACCCCCAGCCCCCACAAAGACCUCUGCAGGUACAACUGACCCUGAAGAAGCAACAAGGCUGCUGACUGAGAAGAGGCGCCUUGCCCGUGAGCAGCGGGAACGGGAGGAGCAAGAAAGGAGGGAGAGAGAAGAGCUUGAAAGGCAAAAGAAGGAGGAGUUGUCACAGAGGAUAGCUGAAGAAAGAGCUCGCCGAGAAGAGGAAGAAGCUCGCAGACAGGAGGCGAAAAAAACCCAAAAGGAUGCAGAGGAGCAGCGGGAAAAGGAAGAACGGCUGCGCAGACAGGCAGAAGAGAGAGAACAGAAGGAGAAAGAAGAGAUGGAACGCAUUCAGAAACAAAAAGAAGAGGAAGCUCGCCUACGGGAAGAGGCAGAGCGGAUUCGAUUAGAACGUGAAAAGCAUUUCCAAAGAGAAGAGCAAGAGCGCUUGGAAAGGAAGAAGAGGCUUGAGGAGAUCAUGAAGAGAACCAGGCGUGUAGAAGCUGUAGAUAAGAAACCAAAUGACCAGCAAAAUGGACAUAUAUCAAAGGCAAAUAUUACUGGAGAAGCAGUCAUAACCAGUCCUGCAUCUCCCUUGGAACCUGCAGGAGGACCUCAGCUUCAGCAUGCAAUGCAAUCUCCACACAAGGGGAAACCCGUCGCCUGCACGCGUGUGAUUGUUUCACAUCAACCCCCCAUAAAUAUGGACAGCAAUCUCAAUCCAGAGAAAAAUGCAAAUGAAAAUGGAAUGUCUGUGCAGAAUGAUAACUUCGAAGAGGUCAUAAACCUGCCUAUUGGUUCUAAACCAUCCCGGCUGGAUGCCAUGAACAAUGAUGGAAGCAAUAGUCCUGAAAUACCUUUGAAUCCAAUUCUAGCCUUUGAAGAUAAGGGGACUCUUUUGCCUCAGGUAGAUAGUGUUCAAACACAUCAAACAGCAGGUAGGUUUGCCUUGGUUCGUUAA